AAGAGCUUUCUCCCACUGUCCUGUUGAUGUGCCCUGUGUCUCCAUGUGUUGGGGAUCUGUAAAAACAGGAUCCACUGGGAAUUUUUACCGCUUUAAGAUACAACAAUGGGGGCACAUGUGCUGUUCCAGUGGAUUCUGAGAGGGCUUAUUCUGACUUUUCUGCUCAAAACUACUCUGUCCCUAAAUCCAGAUGAUCCAAAUGUUUGUAGCCACUGGGAAAGCUACGCCGUGACCGUGCAGGAAUCCUACGCUCAUCCCUUUGACCAGAUCUAUUACACACGAUGCACAGACAUCCUCAACUGGUUCAAGUGCACCAGGCACAGGAUCAGCUACAAGACCGCGUACCGCAGGGGGCUGCGCACGAUGUACCGGCGGCGCUCCCAGUGCUGCCCCGGCUACUACGAGAGCGGGGACUACUGCAUCCCACUGUGUACAGAGGAGUGUGUGCAUGGAAGAUGUGUCUCUCCUGACACGUGUCACUGUGAACCAGGCUGGGGAGGGACUGAUUGCUCAAGUGGCUGUGACAGCGAGCACUGGGGGCCCCACUGCAGCAACCGCUGCCAGUGCCAGAACGAAGCGCUCUGCAACCCCAUCACGGGCGCCUGCGUGUGCGCCGACGGCUUCCGCGGCUGGCGCUGCGAGGAGCUCUGCGAGCCGGGCACCUACGGCAAGGGCUGCCACUUCCAGUGCCAGUGCCACCACGGGGCCACCUGCGACCACCAGACCGGCGAGUGCCACUGCGCGCCCGGCUACACCGGCGUGUUCUGUGAGGAGCUGUGUCCCCCCGGCAGCCACGGAGCCCAGUGCGAGCUGCGCUGCCCCUGCCAGAACGGGGGAGUUUGUCACCACAUCACUGGGGAGUGCUCCUGUCCUGCUGGAUGGAUGGGGCUGGUGUGUGCACAGCCGUGUCCUCCUGGAACCUUUGGAAUUAACUGCAGCCAGGACUGUCCGUGCCACAACGGAGGACACUGUGACCCUGUGACAGGAAAAUGCCUGUGUACAGCUGGCUAUAUAGGAGACAGGUGUCAGGAGGAGUGUCCCAUCGGCACCUACGGCUUCCAGUGCACGCAGACCUGUGACUGCCACAACGGGGCCAAGUGCUACCACGUCAACGGAGCCUGCAUCUGUGACCCUGGCUUCAAAGGCAUCCACUGCCAGGAAAGGAUGUGUCCUGAGGGGUUUUAUGGCCUCAAAUGCAACAAGAGAUGCCCUUGCAAUAUUACCAACACCCUCAGUUGCCAUCCUCUGUCUGGGGAGUGCAGCUGCAAGGCUGGCUGGGCUGGGCUCUACUGCAACGAGACGUGUCCCGUGGGCUACUAUGGCGAGGGCUGCCGGGUGCCCUGUCCCUGCCACAACGGGGCCGACUGUGACAGCAUCACUGGCAGCUGCAUCUGCGCCCCAGGCUUCAUGGGAGAGGACUGCACCAUUCCCUGCAUGGCAGGAACCUACGGAACCAAUUGCUCAUCGGUUUGUAACUGCAAGAAUGACGGCACUUGUUCCCCUGUGGAUGGGCUGUGCUACUGCAAAGAAGGGUGGCAAGGAGUGGAUUGCUCUAUUCCAUGUCCAAGUGGAAGUUGGGGUCUGAACUGUAACCAGACGUGUUCCUGCAGCAAUGGAGCGUCCUGCAGGCCGGCCGAUGGCUUCUGCCUCUGCUCCCCAGGGUGGCAGGGGGAGUUCUGUGACCAGCCUUGUCCUGAUGGAACAUAUGGCCUUAAUUGCAGUGAGCGUUGUGACUGCAACCACGCGGAUGGGUGUGAUCCUGUCACUGGGUACUGCUGCUGCCUUGCAGGCUGGACAGGCAUCCACUGUGACAACAUCUGCACCCAGGGCCGCUGGGGACCCAACUGCUCCAUCUCCUGCAGCUGUGAGAAUGGGGGAUCCUGCUCCCCUGAGGAUGGAACCUGUGACUGUGCACCAGGAUACAGAGGACCCUUGUGCCAGAGAAUUUGCCCCCCCGGGUUCUACGGGCACCACUGCAGCCAGCCGUGUCCCCAGUGCGUGCACAGCAGCGGUCCCUGUCACCACGUGUCCGGACACUGCGACUGCCUGCCGGGCUUCUCCGGGCCCCUCUGCAGCCAAGUGUGUCCCAGUGGGAAAUUUGGGAAGGACUGUGCUGAGGUCUGCCAGUGCACGGAGAACGGGACCUGCAAUCCCAUCGAUGGAUCGUGCCAGUGCUUCCCGGGCUGGAUAGGCAUGGACUGCUCCCAGACUUGUCCCACUGGGUUUUGGGGCCCUGAUUGCUUUCAUUCAUGCAACUGCCACAACGGAGCACUGUGCAGCCCCUACGAUGGAGAGUGUAGAUGUACCCAUGGCUGGACGGGGCUCUACUGCACUCAGCGUUGCCCAGCUGCUUUUUAUGGAAAGAACUGUGCCAAUGUAUGCCAGUGCCAGAACGGAGCCGACUGUGACCACAUCACUGGGCAGUGCACGUGCAGGACAGGAUUUACAGGCAAACAGUGUGAGCAGAAGUGCUCUCCAGGAACAUUUGGUUAUGGUUGCAAACAAUUGUGUGAGUGCAUGAACAAUGCAACGUGUGACCACGUCACAGGCACUUGCUACUGCAGUCCAGGCUUCAAAGGAAUCCGAUGUGAUCAAGCGGCUCUUAUGAUGGAAGAAUUAAACCCCUAUACUAAAAUUAGCCCUGCUCUUGGAUCAGAGAGGCACUCAGUGGGAGCAAUCAUUGGAAUUAUUAUUCUCCUUCUAAUUAUUAUGGUCUUGCUGGCACUCUUUGUGUGGUAUCGACGGAAACAGAAGGAGAAGGGCCAUGACAUGCCAAGUGUAUCUUACACUCCAGCCAUGAGGAUGACUAAUACAGAUUACUCACUUUCUGGUGCUUGUGGGAUGGAUAGACGUCAGAACACAUACAUAAUGGAAAAAAGCUUCAAAGAUUAUAUGAAAGAAUCUGUGUGCAGCUCCAGCACUUGUUCCCUGAACAGCAGUGAAAACCCAUACGCCACCAUUAAAGACCCCCCCAUUUUAACCUGCAAACAUUCCGAGAGCAGCUACGUGGAAAUGAAAUCACCUGGUCACAGGGAGUCCCCGUAUUCCGAAAUGCCAACUUCAUCAACAGCCAACAAAAACAUCUACGAAGUUGAGCCCACUGUCAGCAUAGUCCAGGACGGCCGCAGUCGGAGUGCCAGCUACCUUCAGAGCCCCUAUGACCUGCCCAGGAACAGCCACAUUCCUGGGCACUACGACCUGCUCCCCGUCCGGCACAGCCCGACCCACGGCCCUUCCUGGGACAAGCAGUCCUAGAGGGAUGGACUUCAUGGGCACUGCUGCCAGCACUGACUGGGAGGAAGCAGAGGAGAAGCCGUUCCUUCCUUUCCUGCGGACUGGCAAGGACCUGACAUGACAUCAGCUUGGGCCAACUGCUGCUGCAUGAUGUUAUUUAUAAAGACAUUUUUGUAUGGGUACCUGGAACUAAUGAGAGCCUCCUCCACGUGGGACUGGAGCACACCACCCCAGGAAGGUGUCUUCAUGCUCCAGGCAAAAACUCUCCCUGGCGUGUUCUAACCCUGGCUUUGCUGUAAAAUAAACCACAAAAACAUGCUAAG